AUGUCACUCUUAUCAUCCUUCCGCGCACUCCCUCCUCGCACGCGUGCAAUGAUAGGCGCAAGCUUCAUUGCUUGGGGUACAAUCGGUCUCUACCUAUCCGAAACAGCAGAAAGAAAGCUGGGCUUUGAACCUACUGAGCAAGAUAAGGCUAAGAUGCCUAAACUUACGGUGGUUGAGAAAGAGAAGUGA